GCUUGGGGGGCGUGGCUUCGUCCGCGCCAGAGGCGGGAGGCGGAUUUCCUCAGAACCCGCGUCCAAGUCUGUCUGAGAACAGAAAACGGGAAUCGAAUUAAUUCUGUUUCACCGCUAACGAGGAGUAGGCAAUGGUUCGCUCCAGCUCCGCCCAGUAGAAAUUUGAUUCCAACAAUCAGGAAAAAGUCUCCGUCUUCCGCGCUCCGGAGGCACUCAGGACUACAACCCCCAGAAGGCAUUGGGACUCAGCGAUCUGACUUGCGCAGAAGCGUUCGUUGUAAAAUGCUAUGACAACAGGGCGAAGAUGGCUUGGAGUUAGGCUUGAAUCGGGAGGUGUCCCUUCCGCCGCUGCGGUCCUUUUUCUGCUACAUCCCACUCACUGCCUCCUUCAUCAUUUCCUCCUCUUUGUGAGCAGCAUUACUUUCCUCUGUUCUCUCCUGCCUGAUCUCUGCCACGGGACUGAUGCCGUUUUUCCUGCUCGUCUCUGAGGGUGACAGAGAGAGGAUGCGGGAGAGCUACUUGAUGGGAUCACUCCAACUCCGUGGAACUGGUGGUGCUACCUGGUGAGACGCUCUCUUUGCCUGGGUCGUGGGACAAGUUGGAUCAGGAGAACGAGAAGGAGUAGUAAGGAUUGCUUUUCUCUGCGACGUCCGAUAUUGCUCGUCGUUCCAGCCCUGGGACCCUGGCAGACAUUCUUAAAGGGAAAUCUGUAGAGACCGCGAAGGACGGUGGGGCAGGACCCACCUGAUUCAGCAUCAGAGUGAACGAAAAUGUCUUUAUUUAAAGCCCGGGAUUGGUGGUCUACUGUUCUGGGAGAUAAAGAAGAAUUUGAUCAAGGCUGUUUGUGUUUGGCUGAUGUUGACAAUACUGGAAAUGGACAAGAUAAAAUAAUUGUGGGCAGCUUUAUGGGAUACCUAAGAAUCUUUAAUCCUCAUCCUGUAAAAACAGGAGAUGGAGCUCAAGCUGAGGAUUUGCUUCUAGAAGUGGAUCUACGAGAUCCAAUAUUGCAAGUGGAAGUAGGAAAGUUUGUUUCAGGUACUGAGAUGCUUCAUUUGGCUGUGUUGCAUUCAAGAAAACUGUGUGUCUACUCUGUCUCAGGAACCUUGGGUAAUGUGGAACACGGGAACCAGUAUCAGAUCAAAUUGAUGUAUGAACAUAAUCUUCAGAGAACAGCCUGCAAUAUGACUUAUGGAUCAUUUGGUGGUGUGAAAGGUCGUGAUUUAAUUUGUAUCCAGUCUAUGGAUGGGAUGCUGAUGGUGUUUGAGCAGGAAAGCUAUGCUUUUGGGAGGUUUCUCCCUGGUUCUCUUUUACCCGGCCCGCUUGCUUACAGUUCCCGUACAGAUUCCUUCAUUACUGUUUCUUCCUGCCGUCAAGUGGAAAGUUACAAAUACCAAGUACUUGCUUUUGCAACGGAUGCAGAUAAAAGACAAGAGACUGAACAACAAAAACAUGGGUCUGGAAAAAGACUAAUUGUAGAUUGGACUCUAAAUAUUGGAGAACAAGCCCUUGAUAUAUGUAUUGUGUCUUUCAAUCAGUCAGCAUCUUCUGUUUUUGUUCUUGGUGAGAGAAACUUUUUUUGCCUUAAGGAUAAUGGACAAAUUCGAUUUAUGAAGAAACUUGAUUAUAGCCCAAGUUGUUUUCUCCCAUAUUGCUCAGUUUCUGAAGGAACAAUAAAUACUUUGAUUGGAAACCAUAAUAAUAUGUUGCAUAUUUAUCAAGAUGUGACACUGAAAUGGGCCACUCAACUUCCCCAUGUUCCUGUAGCAGUAAGAGUGGGCUGUUUACAUGAUUUAAAGGGAGUGAUAGUCACUCUGAGUGAUGAAGGUCACUUGCAGUGUUCAUACCUGGGGACAGAUCCUUCUUUGUUCCAAGCUCCAAAAGUUGAAUCUAGAGAACUAAACUAUGAUGAACUUGAUAAGGAGUUGAAAGAACUUCAGAAAGUCAUCAAAAAUGUUAACAAAUCACAAGGUGUUUGGCCCCUGACUGAGAGAGAAGAUGACCUGAAAGUCUCUGCCAUGGUUUCUCCUAACUUUGAUUCAGUAUCUCAAGCUACUGAUGCUGAAGUGGGAGCUGACCUUGUCCCUUCAGUCACAGUGAAGGUCACACUGCAGAAUCGAGUGGCACUGCAGAAGGUCAAAUUAUCAAUCUAUGUGCAACCACCUUUAGUACUAACUGAUGAUCAGUUCACCUUUGAAUCUAUGGCACCAGAUAUGACUAGAACUGUAGGCUUUUCCAUUUAUCUGAAAGGAAGUUAUUUACCACCUGAAUUGGAAGGAAAUGCUGUUGUUUCUUAUUCCAGACCAACAGAGAGAAAUCCUGAUGGCAUUCCUCGAGUUAGCCAAUGUAAGUUUAGACUUCCUCUGAAAUUAGUCUGCUUACCAGGCCAGCCUUCAAAAACUGCAAGCCACAAGCUAACUAUUGAUACCAACAAAUCUCCAGUCAGUCUUCUCAGUCUCUUUCCAGGCUUUGCCAAGCAGUUAGAAGAUGAUCAGGUGAAUGUAAUGGGUUUUCACUUCUUAGGAGGGUCCCAAGUUACACUUCUUGCUUCCAAAACCUCUCAACGAUACCGCAUUCAGAGUGAACAAUUUGAGGAUCUUUGGCUUAUAACAAAUGAGCUUAUCAUCCGCCUUCAAGAAUAUUUUGAAAAACAGGGAAUCAAAGAUUUCACAUGUUCUUUUUCUGGACCUGUGCCCCUUCAAGAAUAUUUUGAGUUGAUUGAUCAUCAUUUUGAGUUGCGGAUAAAUGGUGAAAAAUUAGAAGAACUCUUAUCUGAAAGAGCUGUACAAUUUCGGGCCAUUCAACGUCGGCUGUUAACAAGGUUCAAAGAUAAAACACCUGCGCCCCUCCAACACCUGGACACCUUGCUGGAUGGAACUUACAAGCAGGUAAUCGCUCUAGCAGAUGCAGUAGAGGAAAACCAAGACAAUCUGUUCCAGUCAUUCACCAGGCUGAAAAGUGCCACCCAUUUGGUGAUUCUGCUGAUCGGGCUGUGGCAGAAGCUCAGUGCGGACCAGAUUGCUAUUCUGGAAGCGGCAUUUCUGCCACUGCAGCAGGACACUCAGGAAUUGGGCUGGGAAGAAACCGUGGAUGCUGCUCUUUCUCACCUCUUAAAGACCUGCCUAUCGAAGAGUUCCAAGGAACAGGCUUUGAACUUCAGCAGCCAGCUGGACAUACCCAAAGACACAAGCCGAUUGAAGAAGCACAUCACCUUGCUGUGCGAUCGAUUAGCCAAAGGUGGGCGUCUCUGCCUGAGUACUGAUGCAGCGGCUCCGCAGACCAUGGUCAUGCCAGGUGGCUGUGCUCCAAUCCCAGAAUCAGACCUAGAGGAAAGAUCAAUAGAACAAGACUCCUCUGAACUGUUUACCAACCACAAACACCUCAUGAUGGAGACUCCUGUGCCUGGAGAUGCAACAGAAGAUUGAAUAGUUUUUGUUGUGAAGUGUGUGAGUGGACAACUUCUAGCCUUUGGGCCAGAAUCAACCAUUAGGUUAAUGUUUUCAGCCUGUGGGGACCAGUAAAAGAUGUUCAUGGCUCUGUGUAAGCCUAAAGAUGAAAAACCACAACUCUUCCGAUCAUCUUUAACAGCUUCAAUGAAGAAAGGUUAGAUGAGAAGCAUAUUACUUCUUUAAAGAGUGUUUCUGAGUUACGUUUUUGGGUUUUUUUUUGGAUAUUUUAUUCCCAUGGACAUUUUUUCCAUGGAGUGCAUAUGUCCAUUAGCUCAUCUCUGUUUUUCUUUCCUUUCUUGUGAGUCAUGCCCCAUUUGUAGUGUCCUAUCUGCCUUUCUUUAACUCAGUUUCUUUCUCUCGUUUCCUUGUUCAUCAGCCUUAAUCAGUCUUCCCCUUCCUCUGUGCCCCCCAAUUCUUCCAUUCACAUUUGAAUCUCUCCCUUUAUUUCCUGUGAUAUUUUAAGACUGAAGAAUAUUGUUUGAUUUGUAAAGGUUACUUUAAAUAUACAUGAGUGCAAUGAUUUCUAUCUCUUUCAUAUUUCUCCUCCAUUGUUUUCCUUUUAUUUAUGGCUGCCACUGUUGCUCUAUUCCAUAAGGGAGUGACUACCAAUGUAAAUUCAAAAGACUCCCUAUCUGUGAUUGGGGAGUUUAAGGUGACUUUUGUUGCUACAAUUACAUGUUAUACUGAGAGUUUUUAUGUUCAGAAGUAUAUUUGUAAGAUAUUUACCUAGAAAUCGUUAUCAGUAUCUUAAGCCUAUUAACAAAAUAACUGGACCAAAUAAUUUUAUUUUUUUAUUUAGAUCACUUUAAUACAGAACUCUAUAAGCAUAUGUUAUAUAAAUAUUUUUAAAUAUAUAUAAUGUAUUACUAUUUGCAUUUUACUGGCUGCCAAAAGGAAAGAAGUUACUAAUUAAACUUAAAAACAUUAAAGCAUAGUUGGCUUACAAUACUUUGUUAGUUUCAGGUAUAUAGCCUAGUGAUUUGGGUUUUUUGCUGAUUAAUUCCAUUUUAGGUUCUUACAAGAUAUUAGGUAUAUAUUCCCCUGUGUUAUAAAUCCUUGUUGCUUAUCUAUUUUAUGUUUAAUAGUUUAUAUCUGUUAAUUCCAUAUUCCUCAUUUGUUCCCCCUUCCCCUUUGGUAACUGAAAAUUUGUCUUCUAUGCCUGUGAGUAUGUUUCUGCUUUCUAUAUAGAUACAUUUGUAUUAUUUUUUUUAGAUUCCACAUGUAAGUGAUAUUAAUAUUUGUCUUUCUCUGUCUGACUUAUUUCACUGAGCAUUAUAUUCUAAGAUGUUCAUCCUUAAUUAACCUUUUAAAUAUUAUCAAAUUUAAAAUAUAAGUUCU